GAUAUUUGUGUAAUUGAGGAUAUACAUGAAAGAAAUACAGGAUUAGCGGAAAUUCAGCGUUUAAUCAACAACGAUGGGAAACGAGGAGAACGCCUGGAUAUAUGUUAUUAUACUGCUUUGUCUUUGUGACUGCUCGGCUUCGCAGUUAUCUUACUCCAUUUUCGAGGAGGUGAACAAAGGCACCGUCGUGGGGAAUAUCGCAAAGGAUUUAAACGUGAAUGUACAAGAACUAGAAACAAGAGACCUGCGGAUUGUUUCCAGUUACAGUAAGAAAUAUUUUGACGUGAAUUUGCGAACCGGAAACCUCUUCGUAAACGAGAGAAUUGACAGAGAGGAGCUUUGUCCAAAGACGGCACAAUGUUCCCUUAGAAUACAGGCGGUUCUAAGCGAACCAAUGAAUGCACAUCGCAUAGACAUUACUGUGUUAGACAUAAAUGAUAAUUCGCCACGAUUCAUUGAACAGUUUUACUGGUUAAACAUCUCAGAAUCACUGUCAGUGGGAGAGCGAUAUUUUCUUCCAAUGGCAGUGGAUGCAGACAUCGGCAGUAACUCGGUGAAGAGCUACAAGCUCAGUCAAAAUGAAUAUUUCUCUCUUGAUGUGCAAAGCAGCGGAGAGCACAGUGUGUCUGCCGAGCUAGUGCUGCAGAAAGCUUUAGAUCGAGAGAAACAGUCCGUAAUCGAUCUUGUUCUGACAGCUGUAGAUGGAGGAAAACCUCCGAGAUCUGGUUUACUCAAAGUUAACAUUAAUGUAAUAGAUGUCAACGAUAAUACACCGUUUUUUAGCAAACCCCUCUAUAAAAUACGUGUCAGUGAAAAUGCCGCUCAAGGAACAAUUGUAACGAAAGUAAAUGCAACCGACUUAGACGAAGGCCUGAACAGUAAGAUCCUGUAUUCCUUUCUCAAACAGGGGAAUAUAAAUCCAUCAAAAAUGUUUGAUCUAAACCCAGAAACUGGAGAAAUUACUGUGAAGGAAACAUUAGAUUAUGAGGACACACCUGCUUAUGAGAUCAGAGUUCAGGCAAAGGAUCGAGGCACGCCACCUCGUAGUGCACAUGUUAAACUGUUGAUUGAGAUAACUGAUGUGAAUGAUAAUGCCCCAGAAAUAUCCGUGACGUCACUGAUGACGCCUGUAAAAGAAGAUGCUGAACUGGGGACAAUAGUUGCUUUUAUAAUAGUAACUGACAAAGAUGGAGGAAACAAUGGUGUAGCUAACUGUAAGGUGGAGGGCUCUGUUCCCUUUAAACUCAAGUCCAAUUACAAAAAUGAUUAUUCAUUUGUAGUAGAUGGACCACUGGACAGAGAAAACAAUUACCUUUACAAUGUCACCAUUACAGCUACAGAUGAAGGAAGUCCACCUCUGUCCAGCAACAGGGUCAUUAUUGUUCAUGUUUCUGAUGUCAAUGACAACGCACCUCGUUUCACGGAGUCUGUGAUUAACGUUUAUGUAAAAGAAAACAGUCAAACAGGAUCAACCAUUUAUACAAUAAAUGCUCUUGAUCCUGAUUUAGAUGGUAAUGCAAAGCUCACGUACACGUUAAUAGAUACCUCCCCAAAAACUAUUCCAAUUUCAUCUGUUGUAAACAUAAACUCAGAGACUGGAGAUAUAAUCAGUCUACAGUCCUUUAACUAUGAGGAGUUAAAAACGUUUCAGUUCAAAGUUCAGGCCACAGACUCUGGUGUUCCUCCGCUCAGCAGCAACGUGACAGUGAACGUUUUUGUCCUGGAUGAAAAUGACAACAGUCCCGUGGUUCUUGCGCCCUAUUCUGAGCACGGCUCCGUUAACAGUGAGAGCAUCCCCUAUAAUGUUGAAGCGGGACAUAUUGUGGCAAAGAUCAGGGCUGUAGACGCAGACUCUGGAUACAACGCGCUGCUUUCUUAUCACCUCUCUGAACCCAAAGGAAACAACCUCUUCCGGAUCGGAACCAGCACCGGGGAAAUCAAGACUAAGAGGAGAAUGAGUGACAAUGACCUGAAAACUCACCCCUUGGUGGUGCUGGUUUCUGAUAACGGAGAACCCUUCCUGUCAGCUACUGUGUCUAUAGAGGUGAUGGUGGUUGAAAGCUCAGCUGACAUCCAGACUCCGUUCAGACAUGUGCCCAUAAAGGACGAGAGCUUCACUUCACUAAACCUGUAUCUGCUGAUCGCCAUUGUGUCGGUGUCAGCCAUCUUUCUGCUCAGCCUCAUCAGUUUAAUAGCUGUCAAAUGCCACAGGACAGACAGCAGUUUCAGCAGGUACAGCGCCCCCAUGAUCACCACCCACCCUGACGGGAGCUGGUCUUACUCUAAAGCUACUCAACAGUAUGACGUCUGCUUCAGCUCAGACACGCUCAAGAGUGACGUAGUGGUUUUCCCCGCACCGUAUCCACCUGUAGAUGCGGAGCUGAUUAGUAUUAACGGAGGAGACACGUUUAACAGAACCCAGACUUUACCCAACAAAGAAAAGGUACGUAAUUUGUUCUGGAAGCCUAUUUAA